ACUGUAAAAAAAAAAAGACAACAAAUAUCCCAGUUUUAACAUCUCUCAGAGCCAGAGCAUCUGCUGCCCACGCUGAACAGCUCCAGCUUCCUGCAGGAAAAAAGACGCUGCCACUUCCACGGGAGGAAAUGAGUUGACGAUGUGCGGAUCUGAAGGAGGUGCGACCUGAAAGCAGUGUGUGAUCGCCCCUCUGCCUGCCUCGCCCCCUACCACUGACUGACUGAACCGAUCCCGUGGAACAACCAGUUGAGAGGGUCGAUGCAUAAAAUGUGAGCGGAUGGGGAAACACCAGCUGGAUUUGUGGGUGAAGUAAAAAAACUCGUGCAGGAGGGGAGCACACAGCCUGGGUUCUUCAUCAAGACUGCCUUACGUAACUGGUCUUUGUGCAGGGACUGGCUGCUGGUGUUUGAUCACGGCGAGGAAUUGCAGGUGAACAGGGAGGAGUAUAAUCACAAGUUUCUACACAUCCACACAUCAUGAUCAUCUCCCAGUGAGUACAUCAAGAUGAACGAGGGUCUCAGGCAGGGAGGAGGGGCUAUCACUGUGGAGGCUGAUGUCAUCCUCCACGCCAUGAACUCUGACCUCGUCACACCUCCUGACAAAGUUGGAGAUUUAUGUCAAAGUUACAUCCAAGGAUUACCGCAGGAUGACCAGGGUUUCAGCCCUUCUCCAGUGUCUGAGAAGGAAUACCUGCUGGAUGGAAGACUGAUGGAGAAUAACCUCAUCGAAAGGCAGAAAGGCAACGGCUCGUACUUUUCCAGCCAUGAUCAGUUUCCGAAUGAAACGCACAAUGGUGCCAGAGCUAAAGUGUCUUACAGUGCAGAUUCUGCUAUCCAAGCCAAACAGGAAACUGAUUGGUCAGACCUUAAAUUGAACUUGGAGGUCAGGGACAGCAGCCUGGAAGCUGGAAAAACCCACCAUCACGAAGAGCCUGAUUUAGUCAUCGAAGUUGGCGGGCAGAAGAUCAACGCUCACAAAUCUGUCCUGGCAGAGAAAAGCGACUACUUCAAAGCACGGCUGUCACGUGACAUCCUGAAAGUCAAGGGGUUGAGUUACAAGACUUUGUCGACAUUAGUAGACUAUGUUUACACUUCUCAGAUGAAUGUCUCCAAGGCCAAUAUUGUGGAUGUCAUCACAGGGGCUAAAGUCCUGCAGAUGCCCUGUGCCGUACAGGCCGCCAUGGACUCCAUGACCGAACAAAUCACUGCAGAGAACUGCUACGAGAUCCUGAACAUCGCCAAAAAGCAGAGGCUCAGCGAACUGAAGGAGACUGCCUACGGAUUCAUGAGCGACAACUUCCUCCAGGUCCUCAAAGACCCCGCUGUGUACGGGCGCCUCAAUGGGUCUGAGCGAGAUCUGAUCCUGAAGAAGAGGAUGGAGGGGAGGCAGACUCUGAUGGUUGCAGAGAUAAACGAUGUGUUUGAUCGUGUUGGAAGCCGUCCUCCGAGUCGUUGCGGCAGUCGACCGCAGAGCCCGUUGUCCGGUGGGUCUUUGGAAGAUAACCAUAUGAUUUACAAAUUUAACGAAACAGCAAAUGACUGGAGACCUUUAACUUCCAUGCCUGAGGACAUUAACACUAAAGGGUGCGGGAUCUGCACCAUGUACAACUACCUGUUUGUGGCUGGGGGGAUAAAGGGCUACGGGGAGAAGGGCAAAGUGUCAGACAAGGUCUUCUGUUACAACCCCAUAACCAACAACUGGGCCGAGAUCAAACCUAUGACCCAAGCUCGCUCCCAGCUAAAGCUUGUGUCAAUGGAUGGCUACUUGUAUGCCAUUGGAGGGGAAUGUUUGUUUACAGUGGAAAAAUAUGACCCUCGCAUGGACCGAUGGACCUCCGUGGCCCCCUUACCCAAAGGAGCCUUUGCAGUGGCCCACGAAGCCACGACCUGCGGCGGAGAACUUUACGUUUCAGGAGGCUCGCUCUUCUACCGCCUCCUGAGGUACGACACCAAGAGGGACGAGUGGCAGGAGUGCCCCUACAACAACAGCAGGAAGAAGUCCAGCGACAUGGUGGCGUUCAAAAGCUUCAUUUACCGAUUCGAUGUCAACCGCGAGCAGGGCAUCACCGUGGUUAAGUACAACAGCAUAGUGAAGAUGUGGCACGAUUGCGCAUCACAGAAGCUCGGAAGCCAUUUACCCUUCAGGUGUGCCGUGAUCGGGAACUGCAUCUACUGUGUGAACAAGAGCCAGACUCUUCAGUUUGUAGUGGAGGAAGACAACGCCUUCUUCGUCGAGGAGCUGCUCAGGGCGCCUCUGGAGGCAAAAGGCGUUCUUUUUCCUUUUGUUCUCACUUUGCCAGAAAAGCCUGAAAAAGUUACAUAGUGUGUGUGUGAUCAUAGUAAUUCAAUAAAUGUGUCAUAGCGAAACUGGAAUAAGCAGAAGACUUAUAUAAACUCUUCAAUGUCAGCUCUCUAUCUCGGUGUCUCAUUGCCUGCUACCAAUGGAAUGUGUGUAUUUGCAUGGCAACUUAACGUGUCUGCAGGCCUUAAAAAGAUUUUAAAGUAAAGUGAAUGAAUGCAACGGUAUUUGUAUCUGACUGUAUAUUAUGACAUGAUGACAGUGACUGUAAGCUCUUUUGUGUAUUUCCCGUGUUCAGUGUGGUUUGGUGCACUUUUACAGUUAGAAUAGAUUUUAUUUAGAACAUAUUAACUAGAUGGCUGGUGACUGGUGACAAGAAGUUAUUGAAAGUUGUAUAAACAAAGAAUGGAAACAGUUGUAGUGCGCCUUAUGAAUGAUGAAACACAGGUUCUAUGCAAAUGAGAGAAUAUACAUGUCAGGCUGUAAGGCUAUUUCAUAGUUAUAGUUGAAUGGGAAUCUGACUGGGAAGGAACCUUCCUUCAACCAGGGCUGCAACUAAUGAUUGUUUUCAUUAUUUUUCAUUGAUUUAUUGUUUGGUCAACAUUAUGUUAGAUCAUUUUUAACACCCCAAGAAGAUGCUUUUAAGGGUUUUGUUUUGUUCAACCAACACUCCAUAGCCCAAAGAAGUUUGGUUGGUUUUAUUUAAAACAUUUUUAGAAUGAUGAAUGAUCAAUAUUUUGUGUUAGUAAAUAACAAAUUGUUGCAGCUCUACCUCGAAACCUGGUCUUCUCUGGCUUUAAAUUAUAACAUGUGAAUCAAAGUGAAAUUAUCUUAAGUAAAAGGGCAUCAGAAUCAUUAUUACACCGCACAAAUACUCCUUUUGCAAAACUCUCUCUUCUCCAAAAAGGUCAAAGCAAUCUCAGAAAUAUAAAACAAGAUGCUUUAGAUAAUUUUUUCUAAAUUAUUCAAAAUAUAACCAAUUAAGUACAUUAUAAGUACAUAAAUAUUGACUUUUAGAUUUAGAAAAUGCCAUUAUGUUUGAAGUGCAUACUCACGGGUAUCACAGGUCCUACAUUUAGCACAUUUGCCAAAGAUAAUGAUUCUGUAGGGCUAAAUCAAUCAGAACUGACUUCUUCUGUGUGGAUUACAUUAUUUAUAAAAAUGGUUCUACUGAGGUCGCCACAGUCGGGUUAAAAAACGAAAACAAUAGUCAGUUGUGUAAGAGGAGACGUGCUGCUAACAGGCUUUCAGAUUACACAAAGACUCAUCCCGUAUCUUUUAUUUUCAAGUAUUUGCUUAAGGAAAAAGCAAUGGAGCCAAGUUCAUGCUCCAGCAGGUUUCUUCCCAGACUAAAGCAGGCCCACCCUUGAGGUCAAAGGUUAAAUCAGAUACUGUUUCACAUUGCUACUACAGUGAACACCUCCGUCCACAAACUAGAUUUGCUUAACAAACUCUUUUCUGUUUGCAUCAUUUUGAAUUAGUACCAAUGUUCUUUUUUUAAACAUUAUAAACGUUUUUUUCUGCUGCAACAACACAAUGGGAGUUUUGUAGGGAACCUAAUGCUGGUUUAUUCUUGGAACAAAUUGCUUUUGAUAACAUUUGUUGGAAUGUCUCCAGGCAGUCACUGUGAGGAGGACAGAGUGGAUGUGGUUUUUGAUAUUUUGCUGGCUGGCUAUUGUGAUUUUUUUUUUUCAUGGAUUUGCUGCUGUGAUGGACUGUAAAGUGAUGCAGUGCUAGGCUUCCUGUUCAAGGCAUACGGAGUGGGCUAAGAAAAGCUGUUGGAUAAUGUGUAUCAGUCAGAACUAAGUGCUUCAAAUAAAAGAUGUUGUGUCUGAAAAUGA